AUGACCGUAGACAAGGUGACCUUCGUCACCACACGGCAGCACCUAAGGCGGCGGGAGGAACCGUACUUCAGGCUCACGCCGUCCCAACUGAACGAGCUCUUGAGCGAGUACGAGCAGGACCAACAAGAGGGGGUGCACGACUUCCGAGACCACAUCGACCCCGACCACCACGGCCCCAAAGUGGUGGAGUACGAGCCCGACGCCAAGCCGAGCUACGACCGCCCCUACCUCGUCCUCGACGUCCGCACCCCCGAGGAGUUCAAGCGGUGCCGCAUUGUGCAGGCGCGAUCUUUCGAGGCCAAGCUGCUCAACCAGGACAGAAUGACGCCGGAGCUCUACAUGUACAAGAACCGGGAGGGCGGGCUGGUGAUCCUCUACUCGAACGACGAUGCCGAUGCUUGCCACGCCGCGAGGACCUUGAUUCACAGGGGGUUCGACAACAUCUUCGUGCUCUCCGGCGGUCUGGUCGCCUUCGCGCGAGAGGGUUUCCAAAGCUUCGUGGAGGGGAACGUCGAGGCCUUGCCGCCGCCACCGCCGGCACCCGCGUCCGGGGCCGGUACCUUGCGUACUGGCGGCGGGGGGGGCUUGAGAAGUACUGCCGUAUCAGACGGGGUAGGCAGCAGCAGCACCGGCGGCGGCGGCGCCGUUGGCAGGUUUAGCGGGGCGAGGGGAGGCAGCGAAUGCAACGACGGCCGCAGCGGCGGCGGGGGGAGGCUGGAGUACAGAAACCGCGGGGGUCAGAGAGUGGUAGUCAGGGGCGGCGGCAGCGAUGACAUCAACAGCAGCACCAGCAGCACCAGGAACUCCGCCCUGGGCGGCGGCGGAGGCGGUGGCGUGCCGACGAUGACGUCGACAACGGGACAGCAGCACGGCAUCGGCCCGAGAACAGGGGGGAGAGGGCUAAGGGGAUACCCCGAUGGCCACGGUGGCGGGAGCGUAGGGGGGCAGCAAGCCGGGCUACGGGGAGGGGGGUUGGCGGAAGCCGCCGCUGCUGCAUCUGCGGCUAGGCGACGCAGCAUGCAGGGGGCUCGCGGAGGGGGGGCGGGGGGAGGGGACAUGUCGAAGGGCAGCGCCAUCACGGUGGCGGAUUCCGUGAUCUCGAGGUCGACCGCCAGACGCGGAAGAUGGUGACGGCAGCUGGUUGUGCCGAUGGUGGUAACGGAUGGAUGCAGAUGGACGUGGGAAUGUUGACGCUUCACCUCUACCCCCCUAACGCCACCCUGGAAUCCUGAUGUGUGUGUCGUUUUGUUUUCUUUUCGUGGCCGUCGUGUAUGCGAAUAUAUAUGCUCUUCUUGUGCGACUAUGGUAGAUCCUGCAGUGCGUAUGCCGCUUUGGUAGCUUUUUUCGUGCUGCUUCUGCUGCUGCUGCGUUGAUAUACGGGGAGCUGCUGCUGCUUGCCUGCGUUUGGUGCUCGAACCCGCGAGGGCGCGACCAAUUGCCAACUUGAAAAGGGUUGUUUGGUUCCUCAUAGUGUUGUUUUGAGGGCGGACGGCGGAUGGGACAUCAAGGACGGGGCGAACAGGGAAAGCUUGUGUUCGCCGUAAGCGCGGUGUAAUAACCGUGUGGUGGCGGGGUAGUAGAGGCCAGCCGGUCGUGUUUCCAGCUUCCGGGCUUCCAUCGUCCACUGCUGAUUUUUUGCAGGCUCGUCUUUCCCCUCGUACUACAUACGUUGUCAUGCUGCCUGACCCGACCCCAGCUGGUAGCUUGCUGUGCCGGAGGUGCGUUGUGUUGGGUCUCGGUCGAUCGAAUUAGUUGUUGGUUGCCUAGGACUAUUUUAUUGUUCUUUUCUCUUCUUUUUGCGGCGUGAUGCGUUUUUUUUCGCUGU